GCAUUUCCUUGUAUUUCUUCUCGAGGACCUGAAUCUGGCAGAAUGAGUGGAAUAUAGUGAAAGGCUGGCUUAUUUUACUAAUUACCUAGCCUUUUCUAUUAGCUGAGUCUUCUUUGUUAAUCAGUUAAUCCCAAUUCAAAGGAAAAUAUGACGGCUAAUUCGACAACCGCGUUAAACUAUCUCAUUUUUUCACAAAAUGGAGUCGGGAAUGGACAAACACACUACGACCAGGGGCUCGUUGUGCCUGAAGUCGCAAUGGGCUCCCGUGUAGAAUCUCUUCAUUCGCCUAUGGAUCCCUUCAAGAAACGCCCGACGAAUCUUGCAGUGACUGCAUCGAAUGGAUAUGUUGCAAAAAGCCUCCCGGAGAGCAGCGACGACAGCGACGAAGGCUCUCUGCCAUGCACCCCGGCGCAGCAAGACGGUGAAACCGACGCGUCUGCUGUACGUGCGAGCAACCAAGUGCUGGAUAACGACACAACGGAGCUUAUUAGCAGUUUUCUAAGAAAUUUUACUGGACUUUCAAAGUGUCGGUGGAGUCAAAAUAAAGCUCUAUCUACGAUGAAAAGGGUGGUGGAGGACGUUUUGUCGAAGCACAGAUAUGCAUACAAUGGUAUGCUCAGCAAGCUUGCUCUGGAUAACCAGCCGGACAAUAUGGGGUUUGUUACGGAAGUAGCAGAGAGUCUCUUUUCAGACGGGACCACCAACUGGGGUCGGAUCGUCAGCCUGGUGGCGUUCGGGGCUGUAGUGUGUCAGCACCUGAAGGAGAGGGGCAGAGAGCACUGCGUGGAUCUGGUGAGCCAGGAAAUAUCCACGUAUCUCCUGGCAAAGCAGCGGGACUGGCUAGCAAAAAACAACUCAUGGGAGGGCUUUGUGGAGUUCUUUAGAGUAUCAGACCCUGAGUCUACAGUGAGGAACACGCUGAUGGCGUUUGUUGGGGUCGCUGGUAUUGGGGCAACAUUAGCCUUUCUCAUCAGGUGAAUUUGUUGGACUUUGAGACCUUAAUGGACUCUCCCGUCACCAAUUUCUGUUUUGGACUCUGAAAUGGAAGUUAAACUUUGUGAAUGUCAUGUUUGUUUUUUCAAGCUG